AUGGCGGACUCGGGGAAAGGAGGGAACGAGGAACAUGAAAUGACAAAUCGCAAAAUGUCUGAAUCAGGACAACCGGCAAAUAAUCAAAACAACCACGUUCAAAAGAGUGAAAAUUCUAAGAAAUCACUGAAAAAGAAAGGUAUGAAGUCAGCCGUUUUAGUAAAAAAUUUGGCCAAAGUUUAACUCAACGUUAAACUGUGGCCAAAUCAUAUUCUUAGUGUCAAACUGUUUAUUUGAUACUACAAACUAAUUGGGACACUGAGGGAACAGAAGCGAUAAUAAGAUGAGGCAGCACACUUCUGAGUGUUGUUCGAUGUUUUACCUUACACAUUUAGGUGGUGAUAUCUUUCAAAUGCCUUUAUUUUAAUUUCCAGGCUAGAUAAGACUGGACUCAGCUGGACUAGCCUGGGACCAGGCCACCGCUGGGCUCUCUUCACUCGCCGAUAUUUUUCCUAUUGACCCCGUUUUGUCCCUCUUUCCCCCACUGUGGAGCCUGGUCCCAGGCUAGACUGGAAUCAGGUACUCUUCUGAUUGGCUUUCAUAGACAAUCUUAAACAACUGGAGUAAUCUCUGAGUAAUGUGACUUUGUUAUAGGAUAUGGCCCCAACUGCUACUUUACUACAUGACAAGGCGUUUGUGUUGAUGGACAAAACAAUAAAAAAUCUUUUCAAAAAUUACAUGAAAAAGAAUGUAUAAAUUAGUUUUCAGCAGAACAAGACACUUAUGUCGCAGAUGGCAGGUGUAACAUACAAGUCACCCAUUCCACAGUUCAGAGCACAGGUCACCAUGCUACUGAUGCACUUGCACUUGCACUUUUUUAUUUGCGUGUCAAUGUAUUUAGCACGAAAGUGCUAAUUGGGGACACUAUUUUUACGUCUCCUAAUGGAGACGGGACCGCCAUUUUACGUGAUCAUCUAAGCCACGCGAAAGUCUCACCGCUUGCAGUGCAAUGGAAGUACCUUCAUUUCUCAGUCAUUUUAAGACCCUGAGUAAUGGUCCGGCCCUGGGAAUCAAACCCACGACCUCCCGCUCUGCAGUCAAACGCUCUACCGACUGAGCUAAUCCUGCCAUGGUCAAAUGAACUGAUAAUGAAAUAUGGGACUUUACCUAUGGAAUGUGACCUGUAUUCUAGGUCCAUCAGUAUCUUAAAGUGUAAUUGCAAAAACUGCAACUUUGACAAAUGCAGACAUGACUGGUGGGUGCUGUUGUUACGUGUAGAUGCUCUGAAAACUAUCCUUGUCAUAUCCAAGGUUGGCAGUAAUGUUUUGAUGAAGUCCAUGGCAUUAGAGUAGGUGAAUGUUGCCUAGAAAUUCUUCGGUUGUGGAAACUAUUUGUCCUACACGUGGUGAAACUGGAAGUCUAUUUUGUUAUUCCUUUUGUUCAGGAGAAAAUACAUGCAAAUUUUUGAAAACUGAGUGUAAAAUUUUAACGUCAUCUUUUCAACAUUCAUCUUUGGCUGAAACCUGUGAAGCGAUAAACGACAAUCUCUUGCCCUCAACCCUCAGUCGUGUUUUGGGGAAUAAUCAGAAUGAUUUUUUCUCUCACCAGGCCAGCUACAAAAUCCAUUUAAGCCUCUAUUACUAUUUCACUAGGCUCUUUGUUACAUGAUUGAAACUAAAAGAUUCACUGCACUGUUUGAAAUGUUUUCAAGGACGUGAUGUACGGCACAUGUACAUCAGUAUUUCAUUUACAGUACAGUAAGGCCACAGGCAUUGCAUCAUUUACACGCGUGUAAAUUGUGUGCAAUAUGGCAGAUUUACACACAAAAUACACGCAAAAAAUGUAUGUAAAAUUUUUUUACACGUAGCUUAAAUAAUAAAAUGCAAGAUGGGUGUAUUUAUCGUAGAGAAAUUUCCUUUCUUACUUUUACACGCAAGCCGCGUGUAAAAGUAAGAGAGGAUCAGAUUAGAUCUGCCAUUAAAAAAAUACAUGCAGAUUUUGUGUAUAAUUAAGAGAGGAAAUUUCCAUACUAUAAAUACAUGCGGCUGUGCGUAAUUUAAGCUGCUUGUACAUGUAACUGCUUGUGUAAAAUUUUACAUAGGUGUUUUUUGCAUGUAAAUACACCAUAUUGCACGCAAUUUACUCGCGUGUAAAUGCUGCCAUUCCCAUGGCCUGUACUGUAACUUGUUCCAAACAAGCUGAGUUUUUGCUGAAGAUGACUAUAAAUGAAAGAAAUGUUCAGUUAGUGCUGUUCUUUAUUUUCGAAUAAUAAUCAGGUUUUCAAGAUUCAACUCUUCAGGAAGGCCAAGAGCAACUAAACUUUUCAAAAACUGAAGAUAGCUAAAUGUAAUACUUUUUUUGUUGGUAGUGGAAGUCCUGCUUAAAGCAGCUGGUGAUGCUCCAAUCAUGGUGAAGAAGAAAUGGCAAGUGGAUGGAACAAAACAAGUUGCAUACAUUAUUGAGUUUAUUAGAAAAUAUAUUAAGUGUGAGCCUCAUGACUCACUGGUGAGUAACAUAACUAGUAAGCCAUUUCUGGGUACCAUACCUGUGUAUACCAUAGUCAUAGUAAAGAGAAAGGCAUAGAGGGCUACAGAGUAAUUGUAUGUACAGUACUAUAUUGUUUCAAGAAUAGGUGAUUGCACACACUUUUGUUGUGAUUUUACACAUUCCUCCUGGGAUAGAAAAAUUGAUGUGUAGUUAAAUCAUGAAUGUAGAAGUUACUUUGGGAGGGUGAAAGAGUUUUAAGUAAUAAUAAUAAUGAUAAUAAUAAUAUACUUAUAGUAAUAUCAAGGAUGUGGGCUAUGCAAAAAGUGGAGGUGAUAGUGGUUGUUGUAGGAGGUUUGUGAGCGAUACCUAGAGGUCUGAAAAAAUCACUUGAGAAUAUUCAUGGUAUAAGGGUAAUUGAAAAGAACACGUGCAGAAUACCGCAUUACUAUGAACUUCAAGAAUACUGCAGAGAGUUCUUGAGGUUUGAAAGAUGGCCAGACCCUUGUGACCCUUGGUUGUAGCAACAUUUUGUAUAAACUGCUCCAAGGGAAAUUUUCCGGUUGACCUGCAAACUGAGUUUAAUUGUUCAUAAUGAUAAUGGUAACAAAAUAAUGAUGAGAUAACUAAAAAUAAGGUAUUAGCAAAUUAAUUGUCUGUCUUUUGCAGAGUCCCCUGCUAACUAGGAAAAUGAGAUUUGGUCUACAAAUUAUGCAAUAAUACUCUUUUUAAUCUUCUCCAAUAACUGUAAAAAGUAGCCAAAAAUCAAGCAAAUUAUAAAUGAGUAAAACUCUUGAUAAGCUCAAAAUGACCAAAAUGAAAAUGGCAGGUUUUUUAUGUUUCAGGUUCUAGAAAAUUUCUCAUUUAUUUAUCCACUGCUCUGUACUCCAUGUAGACAUGUAUUACACAGCCACAGAAUCAAUAUGGUUACAAGUUAUUGCCUUCUUGGCUCUGAUUUUGGAGUUGUUAGUUUGUGUGUGUUGGCAAUUAAUUUCAAGUAUUAUACAUUAUUUUAUAACUUGUGAUGACAACAAGGAACUGAAAGAAAACGUCUUCUCAUUUCUGAAAUUAAGAAGAAUAAGCUCCCUGAUACCUUGUACAUUAGUGUGCAUUUAACUAGUAUGACUGUAGUCUCUCCUGCCUUACUAUAUGUGUAACAGUCUGUUUUAUCUUCAGUUUGUUUAUGUAGGCCAGUGCUUUGCACCAACUCCUGACCAAACAUUACAGAACUUGUAUGAUGUAAGUACUGUAUGAUGUAAAUACUGUUUUAGUAUACUGUACUGUAUACUCAUGAAGUGAUCUCAACAAAAUCAGAGAGGAAACCAUUCAAAAGGACCUCUAGAAAAGCAAUUUAUCGAAAGGAAGGAAAAAAACUUUUUUGUUUUUUGCACAUGAAGAAGUCAUUAUUUUGUUAUCAAUGUGUCACAUAAGCACAGCUCAAAGAGCAGACACUCUUCCUUAUUAAAGCAGGCAUGAGCUACAGAAAGUCAAGUACUUUUCUUCCCUCAUUUUUUGUGAAACAAAGCUUUAGGUUUGGAUACAUCGAUUAAACAGGCAUUUCAUUAAUUUGUUUUUUUCUUGGUACAGGUUUCAUGUUAGUGUAUGAUAAAAGGUGAUUAACCAAAUAGCCUUAAUUUUUUGUUAUAUUUUACUUUUUUUUUGAAGUAUGUAAGAACUAAAAAUAUAGGUAAACUUUACUUGCAUGUAUUUUUGUUUCUCAGUGCUUUGGAGCUGAUGGAAAGUUAGUUCUUCAUUACUGCAAGACACAAGCGUGGGGAUAAUCCACAGUGUGCCAAAGAAGAUUUUUAAGAAAAAUAUGGAUUUUAAAUUAAUUAACUAAAAUAAGGUUUGAUACCUCUUACCAGCCUGGGAAAAAAUCAAUUCUGUACUGGGGCUGGAUUCACAACUUAGCCCCCUAAGCAGCUUUUUGUAAGUCAGGAUAAAAAUUUUGAACUUUUUUGGAUAACUAUAGACCAUACAAUGUAGUUAAGGAAAAAUGCAGACCAGUGUUCCAGAUAAGAAACGGGUCUCGGGUCCAUGACCCUACAAAAAAGGCUCCCUGACCCGACAGAUGACAUAUAAGUGUACUAAAUCCAAGUCUAAAUCUAAAUGUCUGAUCUGCAAAGGGCGGUACAGCCCAUAUUCAGCAGAUAUAAGCGUUAAGUGUAAUAUAAUGAAAAAAAUUAGCAUGUGGUCUUGGUGACCCCUUAGAUGGUCUACAUGACCUCGGGCUUGAAAGAAUUAACUGGAACUCUGCAGACCCUGAUGACAAGUUUGUCACUGAUGACUCUAUGUAUGUACCUGUUUUGAAUUACUUCUUGGGAAACUAGUUAGUUUUGUUUCCCAAAAUGGUCAAAGUCCAAUCUAUGAGCAUAAUUAUAUGCCAGGAUUAAUUUCUGACAUCAUACACUUUGUUGUGUUGUCAGCCACUCAAAUGCUUUUGAUGGGAGACAUUUUCAUUUUUAAUGUCAUGUGAUCUUUAAUAAAUAGUUAAGGAAAGGAUGUGCUGUUGAGCAGACAAAAAUAGUGUGAGAUUCAUAAUGAUUUAUGUUAUAAGAGUUCAGAAAAUGACCUAUAAUAAUUAUUGAUCUGACCAGGUUACAAUAACCAGUUCAAAUGUGAAGGGGAAGUGGAGAAUCCAGAGGUUACGGGUGUGUGGACAUGUUUCUUUACACCCAUUUCAUUCUUGUGUGCUACAUUUCCACCCUUUCCCUUCUUUCCUUUGGAAUACCUGUCAUGGAGUCAGACUGGCCAAGGUUAUAAGUGCAAAGACAGCUUUAAUCCAUCAUGUAAUACUGUGACAAUAAAUUGCACUCCCACAUCUUUAUUACACUUUUCCUUUUAUUUCAUGUCAGCAUUGUGUUAGAUUUGUUGUGGUUAAAUUUUAUCCUUGGUUUAAAUUUUUAUUUUUCUUUGUUUCAAAGUCAUUUACAUAUGUACAUUCCCAUGGCCCAAAACAAGGGAAAAUAAAAUUUGUAUCAAGGAUAAAUUCAAACCACAACAGAUACAUCAGUGGCAACAUUUUUUUGACCUACAUGUAGCAUUGGACCAAAUAAAGUGACAGAUGGAAUAACUUGAUGCAAUGUCCAAGUCUCCCUCUGUUUCACAGGAAAAAUAAAGGCAAUAAUUUGAAGUGAAA